GUGAUGGUUUAGGUAUUGAACACAUCUUUGGUGAUGAUUUUGUGCUUGGCUUUCUGCUUACUGGAGCACAUUAAACAUUGUGCCCCACCCUGUGAUAUUCAAAUCAGUCCACUCCAUGCCUCGAAGGUUCUUGAGGAAAAGGAAGAAAUUUGCAUUUAUACCUGUUCAGUGCCACAGGGUGAGAUCACCUUUCUCUGGACCUCAGGACCUUAACUCCUCUCCUUCCAAGGAGUAACCAUGUCACAAACUACAGGACAGAUAUUUGAACGUUUGUCUGGUAAGGGGACAGUUUCUGCUCAAGGUCCCUUUCACCCAGCUGUGUUUUGUGGGGGAGCUAUAGGAGUCCCACGGCAGUUCUGGGUGGAUGGGGACAAGUUCUAUUCCUUGAAAUGCCUCUUUGGGAGAUGUCUCUGCUGCUUUCCCCCUUCAGGGCAAGCACAGAGCUGGGGCCAUUUGCUGUGAGUUUUCUCUGUCCCAUUCCUGCCCGCUUGUGUCCUUCUUGCUGCACUGCAGGUACAGCACCAAAUUUGUGUGGGAUGGGGAAGGAGAGCUCAGAAUCUGCUCUCCAGCCCAGGGAGAGCCCCGUGUGUCCCUCCUGUGCUGCCACCAGCAGGCUGCCACCAGCUGCACCAGCUCUGCUCUGCCUGGCCUCUGCUGAGCCACAGCCAUUCCUUCCGGGUGAGGAAAAGCUGAGCUGUGAACACCCCCGCUAUCACUUUGAAAUCAGUCCCCAAACUGCCCUCAUCCAACUCUGCACAGAGUGGGUUCUCUCUCCAGGUCCCAGCUCUGACAGGGCUGAGCAGAGGCCGUGCGGCAUGUGCUGCACUGACCCACUGCUCCUGCUUCGGCUGCCCUUUGCUUGGGGCAGGAACAGGGCAGGACACAACCCAGCAGCCUUCCUGACAGCCUGCUCUGCUCUGGGAACUCUUAAACUUGCUGCCGCGUGCCCCGUGCUGAGCCCAACAGAGCGACGCUGCUUAAUUGGAGCUUUUACUGCGGCGGGGCCGGAGGAUGCUUAGGACCCAGGGGAUGCGCUGUGGAGCCCGGCUGGCUGGGCUGGGAGCCGCUCCUGCCUCCAGCCAGCGCUUCUCAGGUGUCCUGUGCGCGGAGCUGUGCCUGGCGAGCGGGGCCCUGGGCGCUGGCCCUGCCGCACCGCCCGGGCACCCAUGCGCUGGCCCGGGCACCGUGCGCACCAUGAAUGACCAGUACCACCGAGCCGCCCGCGACGGCUACCUGGACCUGCUCAAGGAGGCCACCAAGAAGGACCUGAACUCGCCCGAUGAGGAUGGCAUGACCCCGACCCUAUGGGCCGCCUACCACGGCAACCUGGACGCCCUGCGGCUCAUCGUCAGCAGAGGGGGCGACCCAGACAAAUGUGACAUCUGGGGGAAUACCCCCCUCCACCUGGCAGCAGCCAACGGCCACCUGAACUGCCUCUCCUUCCUCAUCUCCUUUGGGGCCAACAUCUGGUGCCUGGACAAUGACUACCACACCCCGCUGGACAUGGCAGCCAUGAAGGGGCACAUGGAGUGCGUGCGCUACCUGGACUCCAUCGCUGCCAAGCAGAGCAGCCUCAACCCCAAGCUGGUGAGCAAACUGAAGGACAAGGCCUUCCGGGACGCGGAGCGCAGGAUUAAGGACUGCGUGAAGCUGCAGAAGAAGCACCACGAAAGGAUGGAGAAACGGUACAGAAAGGAGAUGUCAGAUAAUUCGGACACCAUGAGCUUUUCCAGCUAUUCAAGCAGCACCUUAAGUAAGAAGUUCCAGCACAUGUCUAUGGUGACUUCCCUGCCAUACUCACAAGCCACCAUCCACGGCACAGCCAAGGGAAAGACCAAAAUACAGAAGAAAUUAGAGAAGAAGAAGCAGGUGGACGGGACAUUCAAGAUCUACGAGGACGGGAGGAAAAGCGUGCGGUCUCUGUCUGGCCUGCAGCUGGGCAGCGACGUCAUGUUCGUGAAGCAGGGCACCUACGCCAGCCCCAAGGAGUGGACUCGCCGCAAUAUCCGAGACAUGUUCCUCACGGAUGAAGACACCGUCUCCCGUGCCAUAAGCGACCCGGGUUUGCACCUGGACUCGGCCCACUCCGAGGUCAGCACCGACUCGGGACACGAGUCCCUGUUCAACCGGCCCGGGCUGGGCACCAUGGUGUUCCGGCGCAACUACGUCAGCAGCGGGCUCUUCGGGAUGGGCCGGGAGGACGGGGCCGCGCCGGGCGAGGACGGCGCCGACGGCGUGGGUGUCCGGCUGCGGAGCCGCCUGCAGCGCUCGCCAAGUCUCAACGACAGCAUUGGCAGUGCCAACAGCCUGCAGGAGAGGAACGAGGAGGAGCUGCCCUGGGACGAGCUGGAGCUGGGCUUGGACGAUGACGAUGAACCGGACACCAGCCCCUUGGAAACUUUUCUGGCUUCUCUGCACAUGUUUGAGUUCAUCUCCAUCCUGAAGAAGGAAAAGAUUGACUUGGAGGCCCUCAUGCUGUGUUCAGACAAUGACCUGAAGAGCAUCAAUAUCCCGUUGGGCCCCAGGAAAAAGAUUGUGGAUGCCAUCCAGAGGAGACGACAAACGCUGGAGAAGCCAGAUGUCAUUGUAGACACUGAACUAUAGCAGCAGCAUUUUUUAUUUUUAAUUUUUUAAAAAAAUGCUUGAGAAACAAACCCAGUUCUAAGUUGCCAGAAAACACAAGCCAGAGACUCCUUUCCUGGGGCAGCUGAAAGCUACAGCCAUCCCCACCAGUCCCACAGGACUGCUCCCUCGCUCUGCUCCCUGUCUUGUGAUGCUCUCCAGGCAAUUCCUGGCACAGAGGGACAACAGCUGAGAUUGGACCAGGCAGCUCCAACCUGCCAACCUUCAAGAGACUGUGGUCUUCCACUUGCUGGAGGAAGGAGGGAGCUGCACAGAUGGCUGGGAUGCUGCUGUCACAGGCUGUGAGACCACACCAAGCCAUGAACAGAAGGAGAUAAUGUGAUAUUUUCAAAAGGACCCAAAAUAAAUAAUUACAAUCC